GGGCUCUUUCUUACCCAAGUCUUCCCCGUUUCUCAUCAAAACACCCGCUCUUGCUCUUUCCCUCUUCACUCUCAUUCUCUCUCCCUCUCUGCGUAUUUCUCCGGACUCCGAUCCCCAACUUGAUCUCCCCUCCGAUCUCCAAAACCCUAACAUUUCCCCCCGCCUUCCUCCCCAUGCAAAACCCUAAUCGGACUCCCUUCAGAUCAUCUGAUCUCAUCUAUUGACGCAAUUCAUCUCCUUUCCGGCCGACUAGAUCCACUCGCCUUUGUUCCCCUCCGGAAAGGGGGAAUUCUGGGUGUUCUAUCUGUGAAGUUUAGAUUGAUUGAUCAGUAAGAAGACAUGGCAGCUCCUGUGCCUCCAGGGGCACCUAGACAACAACCCCCUACUGGACCACCGCCGAAUUUUCAGCAGAAUCCAAAUGCCUUAGCUGACAAUUUUCAGAACAUGAACCUUAAUCGCCCGCCCAGUUCAAAUACCAGGCCACCUCCCUUCGGUCAGCCACCACCAUUCUCAUCCUCUUCGCCUGCAUCACCAAUGACGAGACCUGGUCCAUUCCCUUCUGGUGCAACUCCUAGGCCUGCCUCAGGAUCUCCAUCACCCACAUUGCCACCAAAUAUGGCCCCUGGUAGACCCAGCGGCCCACCAUUUGGCCAGCCUCCUCCAUUUGGUGCCAGACCUCCUCCUCCGGGGGCAUUCCCUUCUUCAAUGCCUCCCUCUGCUGGGUCUCCUCCUUAUGGAGCACCACCGCCGGGUACUCGUCCAUCUCCAGAACAUGGGGCCUUCUGGUGCUCCAAGUGGUUUUAUGAGUAAUGGGCCACCUGCACCCGCUUUCCAGGCUGGACAACGGUUUGCUCCUCCUGGUAGUUCUCAGCAUCAACCUCCCAUGGGUGCUCCUCCAGCUAUGGGGCCACCGGCACGUGGCCCUCCUCAAGCAGGGGCUAUGCGUCCUUUCAUGGGGAGUCCUGGAGCUGGUGCUUCGCAGGUACUUCCACCAUCAGGAAUGGGUCAAGCUGCACCUGCCUUUGGGGGACCACCUCAAGCGAUGUUGGGAUCUGUAGCUUCUCCUUAUGCACCACAGAUGCCUUCACAACCAGGGGUACCUCCAAUGCCAGGGUCUAUGCCACCACCUAGAAUGUAUGGAAUGCCACCACCAAUGCAGAAUCAAAUGACUGCUAUCUCACCUGUUAUUGGCCAAACUGGUGGUACACAGCCAGGGGCGUCAAAGAUUGAUCCCAAUCAAAUUCCAAGGCCAAUCCCAAGUUCAUCUGUCAUCUUGCAUGAUACUCGUCAGGGCAAUCAGGCCAACCCACCUCCGCCGGCAACGAGCGAUUACAUAGUUCGGGACACAGGGAAUUGUAGUCCACGCUACAUGAGGUGCACCAUUAAUCAGAUUCCGUGCACUGCUGAUCUUUUGACGACAUCUGGCAUGCAGCUUUCUUUAUUGGUCCAACCUUUAGCCCUUCCCCAUCCAUCUGAGGAGCCUAUCCAGAUUGUUGAUUUUGGAGAAGGUGGUCCUGUUCGCUGUUCUCGUUGCAAAGGCUAUAUAAAUCCUUUCAUGAAGUUCAUUGAUCAGGGGAGGCGUUUCAUCUGUAAUUUGUGCGGUUUCACUGAUGAAACACCUCGGGACUAUCAUUGCAAUUUAGGUCCUGAUGGUAGGCGUAGAGAUGCUGACGAAAGGCCUGAAUUGUGUAGGGGGACAGUUGAAUUUGUUGCGACAAAGGAAUAUAUGGUGCGUGAACCAAUGCCAGCUGUUUAUUUCUUCCUUAUUGAUGUGUCCAUGAAUGCCGUUCAAACUGGUGCAACUGCUGCAGCUUGCAGCUCAAUUAACCAAGUUAUUGGUGAUCUUCCGGAAGGGUCAAGGACAAUGGUUGGGAUUGCAACUUUUGAUUCAACCAUCCACUUCUACAACUUGAAACGUGCGUUACAGCAGCCUCUAAUGCUGAUCGUUCCUGAUGUACAAGAUGUGUAUACCCCUUUGCAAACUGAUGUCAUUGUCUCAGUCUCUGAGUGCCGUCAACAUUUGGAACUGUUAUUGGAAAGUAUUCCAACCAUGUUUGAGAAUACUAGAACAUCCGAGUCAGCUUUUGGUGCAGCAAUCAAGGCAGCUUUCUUAGCAAUGAAGAGUACUGGAGGAAAGCUUAUGGUAUUUCAAUCAGUUUUGCCAUCCAUUGGCCUUGGAGCACUUGCUGCAAGAGAGGCUGAGGGAAGAAGCAAUGUCUCUGCCGGGGACAAGGAGGCUCAUAAAUUACUUCAGCCUGCUGACAAAACUCUGAAGGACAUGGCAGUUGAAUUUGCAGAAUAUCAGGUUUGUGUUGAUGUAUUCAUCACCACCAAGACAUACGUGGACAUUGCUUCUAUAUCUGUCAUCCCUAAAGUUACUGGAGGGCAGGUUUAUUAUUAUCAUCCAUUUUCAGUAGUUUCCGAUUCCGUAAAGCUUUGUAAUGAUCUUAGAUGGAACGUCUCAAGGCCUCAGGGAUUUGAGGCAGUUAUGCGAGUGAGGUGCAGCCAGGGAAUUCAAGUACAAGAAUACCAUGGAAACUUCUGCAAGCGAAUUCCGACUGACGUUGACUUACCUGGGAUUGAUUGUGAUAAAGCUAUAAUGGUGACUUUAAAACAUGAUGAUAAGUUGCAAGAUGGUGCAGAAUGUGCUUUCCAGUGUGCACUCCUAUACACUACUGUUUAUGGCGAAAGAAGAAUUCGUGUUACUACACUAUCCUUGCCAUGCACAAGCAACUUGAGCAACUUGUUCCGAAUGGCUGACUUGGAUACUCAAUUUGUAUGUUUCCUGAAGCAAGCUGCACGUGAAAUUCCCAUCACCCCACCAUUGCACGUCCGUGAACAAGUUACGAACUUCUGUAUAAACAUUCUACUUUCAUAUCGGAAAUUUUGUGCGACAGUGUCAUCUUCAGGGCAACUUAUUCUUCCAGAAGCACUCAAACUGCUGCCUCUAUAUACUCUUGCCUUAAUCAAGAGUGCUGGUCUGAGAAUCGAAGGGAAGAUAGAUGAUCGCUCUUUCUGGAUCAAUUAUGUAUCCUCAGUUUCUACUCCUUCAGCAAUUCCACUGGUUUACCCAAGGAUGAUUGCUGUUCAUGACCUUGAUACACAGGAUGGGAAUGGUUCUAUUGUCCCUGCUCCACUUCCGCUAUCUAGUGAACAUGUCAACGAUGAAGGAAUUUAUCUACUGGAGAAUGGGCAAGAUUGCUUAAUAUAUGCCGGGAACUCGGUCAACCCUGACAUUAUGCAGCAAUUGCUUGGUGUUCCCUCAGCUGAUCAGGGAGGUGCCGAGUUCACCUUGCAGCAAUAUGACAAUCCAUUGUCAAAGAAGUUAAACGAGGUGGUAAAUGAGAUACGCCGACAGAGAUGUUCUUUCCUCAGGUUGAGGCUCUGCAGAAAGGGAGAUCAAUCAGUAGGAAUGGCAUUCUUUUCGUACCUGAUCGAGGACAAAGUACCGACUGGUGGUCUCUCGUACGUGGAGUUCCUGGUGCAUAUCCAUCGGCAGAUCCAAAUGAAAAUGUCUUCCUAAAACCUAGGCUCUGCCUGGUUUUUUUUGUUCAUGGUGUGCCGGCUAGCUUGAGCUUUUUUUUUUUUUGGGCAUUUACGGACCGUUGUGAGUUUACUGGGUUGGAAUCUUACCAUUAUUCUAGCUAGAUAUAUUUACAGCAGCAGCAGCGGCAGUGAAGAAUACGUCUGGUAGAGUAAUAAGAUUGCAGCAAAAGAGCUCCUUCUCCAAUACCCAAGAAGUUCCAUUUCACAUGAUUUCUUGCUUUACCUUUUUGCGUUCCUAGAUACACUUAUUUAGCAUUCUAAGAACUACAGAUAGCCAAACCGUCUUCCUUUGACUAAGAUAUCCGCCCCUGGAAAGUUAGGUACACCUAUUUUGCAAAUGUAAAACAAAAGACAGGAGGAUGUACUUUAAAUGUUUCGGAUUUUCGAUAUUUUUUUUUCAUCCUUACCAAAGUAUACAGAUACUGAUUUUGGUUGAACGUUUCUUGGAAGCACAGCUUGUUGAAAACUGAGGGCUGUCAGUUUUUGAGCAUGUUAUAUGUGAAGAUAUAGCGCAAUCGAAGUACUUGAC